AAAAAAAAACGAACAUAGAGGAGAGAAACUAUUGCUUGUAACAACGACUACGCUCAGUUCCAAGUGCGACGUUACAUCGGGAGUGAGGAACAAAAAGAGUUAAGGAAGAGGCAAAUUGUCGUCGAGAGAAAAUUUUCUCAGGGCUUCUUCGAUGCCAAGAAACGCCAGGAACACCACCACGUUAUCACAAUUCGAGGCUUGCACCAGGUGACAUGCCCAGCAGUCGUGAGAUCGAACGCGCGGAACGCAACGGUCGUUACAAGUCCGUGCGCCGGAAGGACAGCACGAGUAGCCUCGGCGGCAGCGAAUUGGGCAGCGGGAGUCGCUCGAGCCAUGCAUACGAGGUCGCGGCGGCGGCCGCCGCCGCCGCGGUCGCCACCAGCGUUGGAGCCGAGGGUGGCAAGCGUCAUCGCAGACACGGCAAGAGCAGUCGCAGUAGCUUCGGAAAAAAGAAGAAGAAGCGGUCGCGCGACGAUAAAAGCCUGGCCCUGGCUAAAAAGCCCUUGGUCGAGUACUCGGACGUAAGCAGCGAGGACCUGUCCGAGCCGGAAGCUGGGGAGAUACAGUCGGAGGACAGUCGGGGCGGAAAUAACAGCUACACGGACGGCGAGGUACCCGACUCCCUUUUGCAACGAAGUCGUUACUAUGGUGGUGGCGGGGACACGGGGCCCGUGAUUCGGGCCCUCGACACCUCGCCCAUCAGUCUCUCGCCGACGCCGCCGAUGCAGCAGACGAUCACCGGCGCGCCCCAUCGUCACUCAAAAAAGACGCUACGUUACUCACCCCCGGAAGAGGAGCACCAGGUAUCGAUACUGCCGGACUACCAGGAGGACAGUCGGCGAUUAGGUUCGCGACGCAAGGAGAAGAAACACAAACGCGACAAGAAAAAGAAGAGCCGUGGUAGCUUGAGUCCGGGUUCGAGCGUUGGCAAGAAGAAAAAACGCAAGUCGAAACGCGCCUCGCGCAGUCUCAGUCCCAACGUCAUCGUCACGGGUACCGAGCUGCUGCACUCGCAGGCGCUCGCCAACUGGCGAAUGCAACAUCCGGGUCCGUCACCCCCGAUGAUGGCUCUCAAAGACAGCACCUCGCCGAUAUCGCCGGCGACGCCCCCGGAGCGGCGUUCGCCUAGCGACAUGGACUUGGAGUCGCCACCUCGGCAACUUACGCCUCCGAGCCAGCACCAGUCGCUGCUGCAUCAGCAGACGGGCCCGAGGCACGCGGCCGAGUCGCCGCACACGCCCCUUUUGCCACCCCGUGCGAUAACGCCCGAGGGCCACCAUCAAUCCAAGUCCAAGGGCGGCCACCACAGUCCCGACGCGAGACACAAGAGCCACGGUAGCCCGAACCACUUGAGCGGUCCCGGCAGGCGAAGACCUCACAGUCCUAGUCCCCCGAGUCGGAGACGAGAUCACAGUCCACCACGGCGAAGGGACUAUAGUCCUUCGGGGCACGCGCCUUCUUCGAUGCAUAGACUCGGGAGGCACAGUCCUAGCCCUACGCCGCAGUCUAUGCGCCGUCGGGAAUUCAGCCCGAGCCCGAGUUCUCACAGGCGCAGCAGAGCUGACGAGCUCCUCCUUAGAUCGCCCACUUCCUCGUCGAGCAAAAGGCGGCGAAGGGACGAGUCUGCGAGAAGGCACCGUCACCACGAAAAAGAUCGGAGGGAUAAGAGGAAGUCUGUCAGGAGUCCCGUCAGCUCCAGGCUAUCGGGUCACCUUUCACGCUCCCGUUCGCGCAGCCCACACAGAUGGCGAAAAUCUUCUCGAUCCCGGUCGCGCUCGCGACGGCGCAGUCGCACUCCCAAAAAAUCGCGCUCACCCAACAGCAAACUCCACAAGUCCUCGCGCAAGCAUCGCUCAAAAAGUCCGCGCAUCUCGCGCAUACCUUCGCCGGUGCACCGCUCGAGUCGCAAAUCUCCGACGAGUAUCUACGAGCGCAACCUCAAGGUUCAAGCAAAGAUCAGCGAGACGAGUCUGUUUGCCGAGUUGGUCAAGGACAGGAACAUGCGCGAACUCGCGUUCAAGAAGCUACAGGCGGCGAAGGAGAAGGCAAAUCAAGAUGAGGUCCAGAUAAUUGAGGGCUCUGACGAGAAGGACAACAGUAAUGGUUCGUCUUCGACUACGACUAUCAUCGACAGGAUGAAUGACAAGUCGUCGACAGCCGCGACGACGCCCUGCCCCAGUAUGGAUCUUACCGUCGACGUAUUGGACAUACCUGUUCCCGUGAUGACGAAUGCCCCAAUGCCGAUGAAUCUGCCACAAAAUCAGCUACCCAUACAGUCAAACCUGGUACCAGUGGUGACUGUGGAGACGAGUCCGGUGCCACCGAUGCACGGCCCAGUCCCCGUAAGCUUAGCUGCUCCGAUAGUCUACAGUUCAGCGUCAGCAGUGACGACGACGACGGCGGCGACAGUGGCGACGGCGGCACCCGGACUGCAGGCACCAAUCGCCUACAUCGAUGAAACCUCGUCGGCCGGCAAGACGCCGCCGCUGCCAGGUCCGACGAUCUCGAGCGUGCCCCAGCAGCAGAAGAGCGACGCGACGAUAAACGCGGCAAUACACGUGGGAGCCCCCAUGCCCACGCAAGCCGUGCAUGUAUAUAAUUCCCCGGCAUUGGGUAACGAUGCGCCCGUUAGCGUCGUUACCAAUCCCACGAUUAUGGUCACAGGUGUGCAGUCUCUACCUCCUCCAAUACAGCAAAUACCACAGCAGCAACCAUUGCAGCAGAUACAACAACAACAACAACAACAACAACAACAACAACAACAACAACAACAACAACAACAACAACAACAACAACAACAACAACAACAACAACAACAACAAUCGCAACAACAACAACAGCAUCAUCAUCAGCAUCAUCAGCAUCAUCAUCAUCUCCAGCAGCAUCCCGAAAUCAAGUCUGUUUCGUCAGGUCUAUCACAAGUGCCUGUUUUAGUGCCUCUUCCUGUGCCAGCUCCACCUUCUACCAACAACUCCGUUUCCACGCUCAUACAUCCUCACAUCGUGACUAAUGUCCCGACACCGUCAUCCGUAUCCGUAUCUGCCUUCCCCGUAUCACCAGCGAUCGCCAAAUUCAGCACACCUAAUAACCUCGUACCACUUAAGUCCGUUGAUCCGCCAAAACCACCGCUGGUAUCCUUCAAAACCAAGAGUCUUUCUAAGCUUCCACUGCCCCCCGGCAUCAAUCAGAAUGAUCUCGAGAGCAUAGACUCACCGCCGAGCCGCUCACCAAGUCCGAUGUCUAUACUCACCACUCCCAAGCCAGCAGUGAAGAUUCUUGUACCUUCUGUGCCCGUUGCUCUUACCGCAACGACGCCCACAAUGGGAAAGCCAGGAUUACAGAGGAAGAGCAUCAAGGAUCUGCCCAUGCCACCAGUUGUGCCUGGCUCCGAAGAUCUUAGCGGGGAAGACGAUACGACAGCCACUCCUCCUCGAAGUAGAGUAGAAAGAAUACCUCCAAAGCCAAAGUUAAAGAGACCGAAAAUAUUGAAGAGAAGGGGCUCGCGUAAUAAUCACAUGCCAAUGUCGGCUUCCGGCGGAAAAGAUUGGGGAGAGCGAUGUGUCGAUGUUUUCGAGGUUAUCGAUCAAAUUGGCGAAGGUACUUAUGGUCAGGUUUAUAAGGCACAGGACAAGCGAGCGGGCGUAAUAGUCGCUCUUAAGAAAGUUAGAUUAGAGAAUGAGAAAGAUGGCUUUCCUAUUACGGCUGUAAGAGAAAUUAAGAUAUUACGACAGCUCAAUCACAAAAACAUCGUCAAUCUUAGGGAAAUCGUGACGGAUAAACAAGACGCCAUUGAUUUUCGAAAGGAUAAAGGCUCGUUUUAUUUAGUCUUCGAAUACAUGGAUCACGACCUCAUGGGAUUACUAGAAUCGGGAAUGGUUGAUUUUAACGAAAUGAAUAACGCAAGCAUUAUGAAACAAUUACUGGAUGGAUUAAAUUACUGUCAUAGUAAAAACUUCUUGCAUCGAGAUAUUAAAUGUUCUAAUAUACUUAUGAAUAACAAGGGCGAAGUUAAAUUAGCUGAUUUUGGCUUGGCUAGACUUUAUAAUGCCGAAGAUAGGCAGCGUCCUUACACUAACAAAGUAAUUACUUUGUGGUAUAGGCCACCGGAGUUAUUGCUGGGAGAGGAACGUUAUGGGCCUGCUAUUGACGUAUGGAGCUGUGGGUGCAUUUUGGGAGAGCUUUUCUCCAAAAAACCACUUUUCCAAGCAAAUGUUGAAAUGAUGCAGUUAGAUAUCAUUUCAAAAGUUUGUGGGACACCAACACCCGCAGUAUGGCCAUCUGUGAUAAAAUUGCCACUAUGGCAUACAUUAAAACCUAAAAAGACGUACAGGCGACGACUUCGAGAAGAUUUUCAAUUUAUGCCACCAACAGCUCUAGAUUUGUUAGAUAAAAUGUUAGAAUUAGAUCCGGAAAAGCGUAUAACGGCUGCUGAUGCUUUAAAAAGUCCUUGGCUCAAAAACGUUCAACCAGAACAAAUGCCGUCACCACAACUGCCCACGUGGCAAGAUUGUCAUGAGUUGUGGAGUAAAAAGAGAAGACGUCAAUUAAGGGAACAACAAGAGAGCUCACAAGGCAGAAUUCCUCUCCUGUCAGUGCCGAAUAGAGGUGGAAUACAAAAAGCUAUUGAGGACCUAUCCGACGUCGGAGGAUCAUCUAAGAGAUUGAAAAUGGAGGCAGGCUACAACUCCCAUAGGUAUAAUUCUGAACCACACUUGGGUAGCGAUGGUAUAUUUGGUCAAGGUGGUCCAUUUAGUACUUCUCCUUAUGGUUAUCAUAGUCCCCCAUUGAUAAAAGCGAGAUCUAAUCCAAGAGAAGUAUCCCACUUUGCAGAGUACAUUAAUGAAGAUACUCUAGCUCGUAAACUGAGUAAUCUUACUAGUGCUUUAAAUCAAGGAAAGCCAAUCAGCGUAGAUGAUCUUAUGUCUCUCAGAACGGAUAAUGAGACUGAUCCAAAAGCUGCCCAAUUAUUAGCAGAGUUACAAACUGAACUUCGCUUAGCGACUAAUUCAAGACAAAGUGGAUUGUUCGAUCCACAUCAACCAGUCCUUAAUCCACCGAUGCUAGAUGCACCUUUUCCAGCUGCAAAUACAGGUCAAAAAGGUAACUUUGAUGCACAUGCUGUAUACGCAGGUGAUGAUGCAGUAAGUUCUGGAAGAUGGUCCCAGCUGGCCACGAUCGGUGUUAGAACAGCUCUUUCUGCACUAAUGUCACGUUAUGGCAUGGAGUCAUACAAUUCUCUCCCUGUUACCGUCAAUAGACCGCCAGGUAAACUGGUCGCUAGCCUGCAGAAUAAUAUUUUCCUGCCCUCGACAUCCUCUCAAUCUGCGUAUAGCUCCUAAAUAUUUUUUUUUUUGUACAUAUUGUACAACUUGUGACCCAUUGUGUAAAAGAAUAAGUCAUUUGCAAAUAUUUUGUCAAUAAUUUAAAAAUAGUUUUAAAUGAUUAAGAAUAUGCCAUUUUUAGCCUCAUAUGACAUGAUUGUAUUUGUAAUUUUAAUGAAAUAAUUUCAUUAUUAUGCUCAUCUAUUACAAGCUUUAUAAUUCAUUCUUGAUUCGUUAUUAAGUGAAUUGGAAGAAUUAAAUAUAAAUCUACACAUAAUAAAAUAAUAAGCUAUACUUGUGUAUAUUAAUUUUGCUAUUUAGAUCUACAUAUGGCAUAAGCGUGCACACGAAGUUACUUGUUUAUAGUCAAAUCAAUCAAUUUGUAUUGAAAAUAAGUUCUACAUCUAUAUUUUGCGUAUUUAUUUGUCUAAUUAGGUGUCUAACAAAUUUUUACGGUAUUUUU